UGGACGUAGCUCGGACCCUGAGCACAUUAAAAACCAAUUAAAUAAUUUGAAAUCGAAUUAUCAAAUCUUGACUGAAGGACUCACAGUUUGUUUAUGAGGCGCCACUUCAUACGUCUGGGCAAUAUUGCUCAAUAAAAUCUCUCAAGUUUCAAUAAGGGAGAUUUGGAAAGUCGUGACUGGGAGAACCGAAGCGACAAGGCGUAGAGAUUCAGUUUGAGUUUAUUAAACCUCUCGCGAUGGCAGCAGGUGUUUGGACUGAACUCUUGGGCUCUCACAAAACCCUGGGAUUGAAGAUAGAGGACCGGACCGACCAUUAAAGUGUACUUGGAGUCCUGAAGAAGGUGUUUGGGUGUGUGUUUAAGUAAGUGGCCAUUAAUGAGAACGCAGUCAUUACUAAAUCCCGCUGUGCACAGCACAGGUAAGAUCUUCCUCCACCUCCUUCUCCUUAUCACUUCGUGUGCUUCUUCGGAUAUUUGUUUCAGCACCAUGGACAAAUCCAAAAACACCCAACGCGUGUACACCUGCGAGGCAUCUCGAGCGAGCACCAUCACCUGUGGGGACAUUAUGAAUGGACGCUAAUUUCUCACCGACUGUUUCAAAGCAGGUAAUUCGCAUCUCUGAACAAGUUGCACAAGGUGUUGAAUUUCUGCGAGAUCAAUUCUUCACAGGUGCAGAGAAGAUACCGAGAUGUGUCCACAAACAACUGCAAAUAUUUCUACCAAGUAAACCACAAAUGGUAUUUACAAGGGCUCUUCAACUCUCAUAAACCCUGACAUGGCUGGAGUUAUGGCUGGAGUUAUGGCAGGGCCUCUCGCCCUGGCCCCUACGUCAGCUUGGUUCCUGUUUCUGUUAAUGCCCCUGGCCCUAACAAGCCCCAGGUACACUCCAACCCUUGCCGGCUCAAAGCGGGAGAUCAUCAUAGAUGGAGACCUGGUGAUCGGAGGACUGUUUCCAGUGCACGAGAAGGGUGAAGGGAUGGAGGACUGUGGAAAGAUAAAUGAAGAACGGGGGAUCCAAAGGCUGGAGGCCAUGUUGCUGGCACUGGACGAGAUUAACCAGGACAACCGCAUCCUGCCCGGCUUGAAGCUGGGAGCCCAUAUACUGGACACUUGUUCUAAAGACACGUAUGCACUUGAGCAGUCACUGGAGUUUGUGAGAGCUUCUCUCACUAAAGUGCAUCAGCCAGGGUUCAUCUGUCCAGACGGGUCAAAUCCUGUACCGGACGAGUUGCCUUUGGCCAUCUCUGGCGUGAUUGGAGGAUCAUACAGUGAUGUGUCCAUCCAGAUGUCCCCCUCUCUUAUUCCAAGCAAUUUGAUAGCACAGCGAAGUCCUCCAUUUGGAAUGGUGGCAAACCUACUUAGACUAUUCCAGAUCCCCCAAAUUAGCUACGCUUCUACUAGUGCCAAGCUUAGCGACAAAUCCCGUUAUGAUUAUUUCGCCCGAACUGUCCCACCAGACUUUUAUCAGGCCAAAGCCAUUGCUGAGAUCAUACGCUACUUCAACUGGACCUACGUUUCCACUGUAGCCUCAGAAGGUGACUACGGAGAAACUGGUAUUGAUGCCUUCCAACAAGAGGCCCGAGUGCGCCAAAUCUGCAUUGCAACUUCAGUCAAAGUCAGCCGCUCGGUAAACCGAGGGAAUUACGAAAAUGUCAUCCGGUCACUUCAGCAAAAAGCCAAUGCCAAAGUCGUGAUCCUCUUCACCAAAAGCGAGGAUGCUAGGGAGCUGCUUGCCGCCGCGGCCCGGAUGAACGCUACUUUCAUUUGGGUGGCCAGUGACGGCUGGGGGGCGCAAGAGAGCGUUGUACAUGGAAGCGAGAAAGCCGCCAAUGGGGCCUUUACCAUUGAACUGGCCUCAUACUCCAUACGGGAGUUUGAGGACUAUUUUACUAAGCUCACACCUGAGCUGAACACCCGUAACCCAUGGUUUAGGGAAUUCUGGGAGCAUAGAUUCAGCUGCCACCUACAUGAACACGGCUGUGCCAGUAAUAGCCUGCGGAACGGGUCGUUUAAACAGGAAUCAAAAAUCAUGUUUGUGGUGAAUGCAGUCUACGCCAUGGCCUACGCCCUGCACAACAUGCGGCAAGCUGUGUGCCCCAACACCACAAAAGCAUGCAGCGCCAUGAAGCCAGGGAAUGGGAAGAGGUUCUAUCGUGAGUUUAUACUCAAGACUAAAUUCGAUGCCCCUUUCAGACCUGCCGACACUGAGAACGUGGUGCGGUUCACCUCAUUGGGUGACAGCUUGGGUCGCUAUAACAUAUUUCACUAUCGCCAAGAGGAGAACAACUUUGUCUACAGGAAGGUGGGCUACUGGGCACAAAGCUUAGUGCUCAAUACCAGUCUGGUACCCUGGUGUGGUGAAGCCGUACCUACAUCCCAGUGCAGUGACCCAUGUCAACCCAAUGAAGCUAAAAGCAUGCAACCUGGAGACGUGUGCUGUUGGAUUUGCAUCCCAUGCCAGCCUCACCAAUAUCUCUUAGAUGAAUUUACCUGUGUGGACUGUGGCUUUGGAGAAUGGCCUCUUGCCAACCUGACUGGCUGCUAUGAGCUUCCCGAGGAGUAUAUCCACUGGUCAGAUGCAUGGGCAGUGGGACCAGUCACCAUUGCUUGUCUGGGAAUGCUUUGCACGCUUGCUGUGGCUGGGCUUUUCUUCCACAAUAAUGACACUCCGGUGGUGAAAGCAAGCGGUCGAGAACUUUCGUACAUCCUGCUAUUUGGCGUGCUCCUGUGUUAUGCCAUGACCUUCAUUUACAUCGCUAAACCCUCUUCAUUUGUGUGCGCCCUGCGUCGUCUUGGCCUCGGGACAUCCUUUGCUGUUUGCUACUCGGCUUUGCUGACAAAGACGAAUAGGAUUGCCCGGAUAUUUGGUGGGGCACGGGACAGUGCCCAGCGACCACGCUUCAUUAGCCCUGCCUCUCAGGUGGCAAUCUGUGCCAUGCUGAUCUCAGCGCAGCUAAUGGUUGCCCUCGUCUGGCUUCUGGUAGAGGCACCGGGGGUGAGGAAAGAGGUGGGCCCAGAUAGACGAGAUGUGGUGACUCUGAAAUGCAACAGUCUGGACUCUAGCAUGCUGGUGUCCCUCACCUACAACUGCAUCCUCAUCAUACUCUGCACCUUCUAUGCCUUCAAGACAAGGAAGUGUCCGGAGAACUUCAAUGAGGCCAAGUUCAUUGGCUUCACCAUGUACACCACCUGCAUUAUCUGGUUGGCUUUCCAGCCCAUCUUCUACGUCACUGCUAGUGACUACAGGGUGCAGACCACUACCAUGUGCAUCUCUGUCAGUUUAAGUGGCUCUGUGGUGCUUGGCUGCCUCUUUGCCCCCAAGAUCCACAUCAUCCUUUUCCAGCCACAGAAGAAUGUGACCACACUGAGGGCCAAAGAAAACCGGUUCUCCACCGCAGCCACUGCACCAAGCUCCACCUACUCACAAGCGUCAGCCUCAACUAUGGUGCCAACCGUGUGUAACGGACGAGAGGUGGUCGAUUCUACUACAUCAUCAUUGUGAAGACAUGCAUUCCAGCAAGAUGGGGCCAAGUUUAUAUCAACUGAGCAAAAUCAGGAGCUGAUUGCAAUUUCUUAAAAUUCUGCUUUAUUUGAAACUCUAAUGGAGUACAGGAAACUUUGAAUUGAUUCACUCCUUUCUAUCUUAAAGGGAUAGUUCACCCAAAAAUGAAAAUUUUCAUUAUUCACUCAACCUCAUGUUGUUCCAAACCCUUGUGAUUUUCUUUGCUUUGUUAAACACAAACGCAGAUGUUAGGCAGAAUAUUAGUCAGUCACCACCACUUAUUUUCUUUACAUCAUUUUACCAUACAAUGAAAGCGAAUAAUGACUGGGGCUAACAUUAUGCCUUAAAUCUCCUUUCGUGUUCCACGGAAGGUCAUGCAGGUUUGGAACAACAUGAGGGUGAGUAAAUGAUGAAAGAAUUUUCAUUUUGGGAGAGUGCAUUGUCGAGACAAAUUUUAAAAGUUUAGAUUCUUUUAAAUUGACAUCACACAUUCCAGUGUGUGAUGCUGUGCAAUGGUCAAAGACGUCCAUCUAGCUCAUGUUUACGUAGAAAAGCAAUUUUAAAGACAGCGCAGAUGGACUCGAGAUCAUGUUAAGUGUGAACGAACCCUUGAUAAUGGAAUGAAGGAAUGUUUUAAAGUGAAUUCUGUACAAUACAAAAGAUUUUAAAUAGUGUUAAGUAUUGUUAACAGUAGAUUUCUGAUUUCUCAGUCUAUGUAACGAUAUUUCAUUGGACUUUAACGAGUCAUUAUGGAUAGGCAUGAUAAAGGAAUGCUUCAAAUAUCGCAGUAUCUCAUAAUAACUACACAGGCCUGCCGUGCUGGUUCAAGUACAUGCAACAACAGGGUCUUCGUAAACGCCAACGAGACUUGCACAAAAUGUAUUACAAUUUGAUUUUAGAUGCUGUAUUCUCAGUAAAUGGGAGACUGUAACCUAUUUCUUUUGUUUUAGUUCAAUGGUAAAGUAGUAAACCCUCAUUCAGAGAAGAGUUUGUUGUCCUUUUAGUGUUGUGAUAAAAUCAUAUCUCAUGUUUGGUUCUCAUGGAAUAGUUUAGAUGUCAUUGCAAGAUGGAAAGUAACUAUAUUCUGUAUUGCCCUUUUUU